UUGACUUUUACUCGUUAAUUGAAGGUAUUUGUAAAACACUAGUAUGCUUUUCCUUAAACCGUUUCGCGAGAAGUGGAAAUAUUAUAUGGUUCAUAUGAAAUAAACUUUGUAUGAAGUUAAUAACCUGAAAGUUUUAGUAAACAUUAAACAAACACUAAGUUUAUUGAACAAAAUGCACAUUUUGUGUACGAUUUGUAGUGAUUUAUUGAACCAAGCAGAGAAUAUCUACGUAACUAAAUGUGGACACAUAUUUCAUAACAAUUGUUUAUCGCAAUGGAUAGCCAGAUCAAAAACCUGUCCGCAGUGUCGUAACAAGGUAACAGACAGGUGUAUGUUCAGGGUAUAUCCAACAAUAUCGAAUGAUACUUCAGUUGAUGAUGUAACAACACUACAGUCUAGGCUUGAUGAUGCUCAGCUACAACUUCGGCAACAGAGGACUAUAUGCAAUGAAAGCGAAGAGAAGAUAAAAAAUAUUACCGCUGAGCUAAAAAAGAAUGAAGAGCUUUUGAAAGAUUAUGAAAAGAAAUUAGUAACUAAGGAAUCGGCUUUAGCAGCGUUAAAGGAACAAUUAAAAUAUGUACAAAUACAAAAUAAAGAAACCCAAAGACUGAAAGAAGAGAAUGAAGUAUUGAAUAAGAAUCUGCAGACUUUAAAUGGAUUACAAAAAGUACUCAACGCUACAAGUGAAGAGGUGGAACAAAUGCUACAGGGAUAUGCAGAUAUCAGGACAGUAGCCACAUUCGCUACGGCAUUGAAACGCGCUCUAUGCGAUUCGGAAAAGAAAAAGAACGAAUCACGUGACCGCAUUCAAACACUGAAACAAAAAUUAUCUGCAGAGAAGAGGGUGGUUGUUGAUCUUCAAGCUAAGUUACUACACGCUGAGGAAUCCAUAGUAAAUAUGAAAAGGAAGUAUAAAAAGGAGCUCAAAAAAAGAAGGACUCCCAGUACUGAAGAUCAGAACGCAAACAUAAAUGUAGUAGAGAAUAAACCUGAAGAGAAACAAAUGAAAAUUGAACUGACGUUUAGCGACUCGCCAACGGUUUUGAACACUGCGGACACUAGUAUUAGUUCACUAGUGAAUAAAAUAGAAAACGCGGAAUCGCCAUAUUUAAAUUUAAAACAAAGCAGUCUAGUGUUGACUGCUUUACAGAGACAUCCCAACCAUCCUCUACCUGAAAAGAAUUUGAAGCCCUCAGAAUUCGCAAUAUUGAAGUCGUCCAAAAACGCAGUAGCCGGGAAGUCAGAUACCUUCAAAAACAGUAUAUUCCACAAGAAGGAGAAAACUAAAAUAGACUUUAAAACGAACAAUGCUAAUUUGGAUGAUCUUAACAUUUCAUAUGAUGGACUCGGAGGUCAUUCGAAACUAGAUGUUUUUCCCGUACCUAACACUAGACCGCCAUUAAAAAGCUGUAUCCCUAAAUUAACCGCCAAACAUAAGUUGAAAAGACCAAAUCCCUCCAGCCCCGAUUUAGAAAAAUUCUUCAAGAAGAAAAAGGAAUAAUUGGCUGUAGGAAAAAUAUAUUUAAAAAAAGGAACAAAUAUUUCCCGCCUAAAAUCAAAUAGUGUUUUUAUACAGAUAACAUCACACUUUUUUUGUAUAUAUAUAAGAAAAAAAAUUAUAAACUCGUGAUACAAUACUGGCUUAUUCUAUUUUUGUAAUGAAAAAUCUACUAUAAAGCCAUGGAAUUUGCACAUAACUUUUGGUCGCGGGUUCGAUUAAUUAUUGAAUAAUUAAUAAUUGUUAAUUAUUGUUAUUUGAAUACGAAAUAUCACAAGUAGAGGUUAAAUAUUUAUUUUUAGGAUUAGUUCAAUGUUCGUAUGGACAAUACCAGAGAAGAAUGUUUUUAGUGUUGAAAGAUAUGUACUUAUAAGGAAAUUAUUAAUAAAAUUGUUUUUUAUUUUA